CACCGAUUUAAAAACUAUCUGUACUACUCAGGUCUGUAAGGAUUCUGUAGACUAUGCUUAACCAUUUGCUUUUAAUAUGAAUAUUUGAAAGUCAGUUGUCAGAGGCCAACUUUUAUAGCUGUGUCUCAAGCCCCUAACUUCAGUGUGUUAGAAAAUGCCUUUUCCCUUGUUCGAAUUGCUUAAUGAGGCUUAGACCGUUCCAGAGUUUGGGAAAAGUUGGGUCUACUUAGGUAGAAACUUUUUGGCAGAGGAAAGGCAUGUGGUGGAUUAAUUUUAUGACUACAGGAGGCCUAACUGAUUUUAAAUGGAGGACUCUACCUGGGAGGCAACCGUUAACCGCCAAUUGCGGGCUACCUGGUUGGGUGUGGGUGCACCUGUGGCAUAUAAAAAACGUGCCACAAUUAGGCCGGUUGCAUCAUUGCACAUCGAGAAGUCGACGAGAAUGCUGUUGCUGGUGUACAUUUUCCUGGUGAUUGUCGGUCCCGCCCUGGGCAACGACGACGGGUGCAACGAGGUGGUGUGCGGAUCGGUGGUGUCCAAGUGCCUCAUCACCCAGAGCUGCCAGUGCAAGCUGAACGACUGCCACUGCUGCAAGGACUGCCUGAACUGCCUGGGGGAGCUGUACACGGAGUGCUGCGGCUGCCUAGACAUGUGCCCCAAGCACAAGGACGCCCUGCCCUCGCUGACGCCCCGCUCCGAGAUCGGGGACAUUGACGGGCUGCCGGAGCUGUUCGACACCCUCACCGCCGAGGAGGACAGCCAGUGGUCCACCAUCCGGUUCCUGAUGCGCCCGGGUCUCAAGCAGCGUGUCCAAGGCGGCAGUGCCCCCGCCCCACCCGCCGGUGGCAACUCCUACUGCACCGUCGUCUAUGUGAACAGCUGCAUCCGGGCAAACAAGUGCCGGCAGCAGUGCGAAAGCAUGGGAGCCAGUGGCUACCGCUGGUUCCACGACGGCUGCUGCCAGUGCGUCGGGGAUCAGUGCCUCAACUAUGGCAUCAACGAGAGUCGCUGCCGGGCGUGCCCGGAUGACCAGGAGCAGGACGACCUGCUCAGCGAGAAGCAAGUCCCCAACGAAGCCGACCAGGACCUGGAGCAGUUGUUCGACUUCGACCCGGAGGAGCAGGACGAGGACGCGUGGACAUACGGCGAAAACGAGGACAACUACCCAGGGGAAUACUCCCUGAAAAAAUUCUAGGAUUAUUUCAUUUAGCUCGUAAGCAAUUGUGUGAUUACCUACAUUUUUUCAAAUGUGUUUAAAAUUAAAAUAAGUUCAACACUAAGAUUUAUGUUUGUUUGGAA